CCAAAUCGAAUAUAUCUUAUUUUCCUUAUCGUAACGCAAAUAACAGCGAGCUGGGUUACGCUGGGUAUUCCCUUUGGAAUUCACAGUAUAAUGUGGACCCGGGUAAGGGCGAUAAAAAAAUAUUGCAUGAUUUCUCAACGACGUGCGAAGAAUGAGUAAUAUCAAUCGUGAUAUCAUAGGACUUCAUUGUUUGCAUCAUUAAUUCAGUGAUUAUUGCCAUCUUCAAUUUAUUUCUUCGUUUGUUUUUCAAGAACGAUGUUAUUACGUUGUGCGGCAUUAUUUUUGUUUCUAAAUGUUGUGAGGACAUCAGAGGUUGCUGGUUUGAGUAAGGAUUUUGUUAGUGAUGUUAACGCGAGAUACUCGUUGUGGCCGUCAAUUCAUCAUGGAAUUAGAUUGAUGACGAUACGUAAGCGCGAGGUGGAGGCGCAAACGACAUUGCACCCUGAAGUACCCGCUGGCCUAGCUGUGGCGCUGGUUAAUUCAGAUAUUGGAAUCCAGGGCGCUAGUGAAGGGCAAUCUGGUGCCCAGAGUGAAGCUAAGAUUGCUGUGAUUCCUGUUCUGCCCCCUCAGUCUACUGAUAAGCCUCAGUCUCCUGAUAUUGUCUCUGAAUCGUCUCUGUUGGUGAAACCUUCUGUGUCUCCAAGUAAUGUAACCAAAAAUGAUAAGGAUGGACAAAAAGCUGCAAUUUUGGAUAACAAAACAGUGCACAAACCUGAUAAGGCAAACACAACAAGUGAUAAUUCAACCAGUAUAGUUGAUGAUAAAACAAAAGUACAUAACACAACAGCUACAGAACCACCUAAAAUCAACUUAAGUGACCCUGGAGUCAUCAAAAGGGCUGCUAUAGUGUUUGGUGGAUUUGCUCUGCUGGCAAUGGCUUACUACUUCAUAAUAUACAGGAAAAAAGCCAACACCAGUGAUGCUAAAAAUACACACAGCUCAAUUGAUCCAAAUCAAUUCCGCUAUGGUGUUCUACAAUCAGAAGACAACAGAAGUAACAUGGAGCUAUCCAGGGUGCCGUUAACAAUGGAAUCAGAUGAGGAUGACGAUGAAGACUUGGAAAUAUUUGAUCUAGGGCAGAAGAAAAAGUCACUAUCAUAUAUCAACUUAGAACAACAUGAUGAAGAUAUUGUCUUAAAUGACUCAAGAAGUAUAGAUAUGGAGAAUCUCCUUGUGGACAUUGAUGAUACGAAUACGGACACUCUGAUUAACUGGUCAGGCAAUGGUAGUAAGUCAGUAUUAUAAUAAGUGUCUAUAUAGUAUGCUCUGAAAGAUUUAUUUUAUUAUUUUAUUGAUUUAUUCAUAUAAAAUAUGUGUAAAAUACUUAGAAAAGGUUACUGGGAAUUAAAUUCCAAUUAGGGACAAAACGCAAAUUUUAUAUGAAUCAACACGAAAAAUGUUGCAUUUAAGAGGAUCUUAUGGAUAAAUUGUUUAUGGUUGUAAUUAGACAGGAACUAACUGUAUGUCUAAUAAUUUGAAUAUGUUUAAGCGCCUAACUGCUGAGCAGAGGCCUCUUGUAAAGGGAAUAACAACCUUAUAAUUUGUAACAUAGGGUAUAAUGUUGAAUGAUUGUGUAGAUAAUGUUCAAUCUGCUGCUUAUUGCAUCAAGGCCAUGGCUUUGAAAUCUAAUGAGACUCAAUAAGUGUCUUGCAUGCCGUAGCAGCAAAUUAUUUGGUGGCAUCAGUACAAUAGUUUCAAGAUUGUUCGUAUUUAGUCAUACUUGAUAACAACGCGUGUAAUUAGCCGGAUUUUGCUUCGUCGUAUUCAUGACCUUGUAUUCACUUUGAGGAUAUUAUGUCUAUGUUUACCUCGUUUCGCGUGAAAUGAAGGAAACUUGGCGUCGUUUUUCAUAAAACUCGUUGCUAAGGAAGCAUUCUACACUGCCCAUAGUUAGUAAUAUCAGUAUGCCUAACAAGAUAUGCUAAAUAACAUAUAUUUUCGAUCAAAAGCGUAUUAAAAACAUGAGGUGGCAUAAAUAUCGUUUCUGCCUUUAUACAUAUGAACAUACUAGGGACAGUGGUGGGCUAUUGCAUUUAUAUUCACUAUUUGCUUAUUCUAGUACUGAACACAUAAGUGAAAAUACUGGUGUUUUAGUAGAUUAUUAAUAAUAGAUAAGAUGGUGUUAAAAAGCUGGACCGACUCUGCAUAAGUUUAUCUAAUACCAACUCGAAAGCAUCAUUUGGCCCUUAGGGUGGUAUUCCAACGGUCCAAUGUGUAUUUCGUCUCACAUUUUGCUUAAUGAGAGAGUGAGAUGCAAUGACAUUAGACCAAUAUAUUGGACAGAUGUAAUACCACCCUUAGGCCUGUCUGUCAAUGCUUCAGUGCACCAGAACCAAAUGUUAAGGUUGUGUUCUAAAAUUUCUAAAUAUGUUAAUUUAUUGGCGUGGAAAGAAGCUGAGACGUGUUGAUAAGUGAUUGUGGAUCUCAGCUCGUUGGUUUUUUAAAGUUACAUGGUUUUAAUAUAAGAUUAUUUAUUUCUUAAAGUUCAAACCAGACAGCUUCUGAUAGGAAAUAAUAAUAAGACUGUUCACCCUCAGUCACACAAUGCUUGAUGCAAUUUUGCGCUCGAUAAAUUAAGCGAUCGAAGCUAUCACCACGAAAAUAUUCGAUCCUUCAUUCGUCUAUUUGCCUCCCUGUCGUUCAAGCGCUAGAGGUAGAGGUCCGCGGAGAAACAAACAGACGAACAUACGAUGUUGAUCUGGUGACAUAUCGACCUUACGAUAUAUUAUUGUUAUGCGGAGUGAAUGCAAGUUGAUAUUGCUAAGCUCCCUCCGAGUUUCGUUACAUAAAUUUCAUAUUGAACCUAUUAGGUUUGUUAUUACAUUAAAAAGUGAUAAACAUUAGAUUUUCGUGACGAAGUAUUGUUUUUUUUUGGAAGUUACUACAGUUGAAUGUGAUUAUUUCAAUAAACUGUGGAACAAAGUUAUUAUCGCAUUUAACCUGUUUACUUUUUUAUUGAUUAACGGGUACUUGGCUAUCACUUGAUAGACUCUUAGAAACGUCAUGAUUUUUAAAACAAAUAAUUUUAGACACCUAUGUCUACCUACCAACUCAAAUCCCUUUAUCUGGAGUUUGCCCCGCGGUUCUAAAGUAAGAAAAAUGCACAUACUAUUAGUGAUAAUACUUAUAAUACAUACUACCUAAAUACCUACUUAAAAUUCAAUAAAAAAAUAUUUUUAAUCUAAAUGUGACGUUCUCAAUCAAAAGGUACCACAUUGUCGCUAGCCAUAAGGACGCUCUGAGAGGUUAUUGGUAUAAAGAUACAAGCACAUUUUCUUUAUGGUGAGCGACAAAGUGGUACCUUUUGAUUGAGAACGUCACAAAUUAUUUUUAUGGUAUAAUGGAUAUGCCUAUAAUUGGGCCUAAGUUAUCUUGGGUAAACUACCCAAUGGUUGGCCUUCCUAGGACUAUCCUCUAUUUUUAUUAGAAAGCCACGAUUGCUGCCUUGAAAUAAGGUUAAAGGUGAAACAUUUGUUUUGUAUAGUUUACCGUAAUUACUGUAACAUUAUUGUUGAAGGUUGUUGAAGGUCUAAGCAUUAGUUAAGUUACACAGGUAGUACAACAAUUUUAACUUAGAGCAAAAUGAAACUUACCAUUUUAAAUGCAGUUUCUAAUUCUAUAAGUACAUUAGGUACCUAACUACCUACACAUGUAAGAUGAAACUGUAAAGGCUAAUUUGCUGUGUUCCCUAUGUUUGCAUAUUAUUGAUUAAAUACCAUUGCUUGUGCACCGAAUAAGUGUGUACUUUUGUAUGAAUACCAAAUUAUAAUUAUUUUGUAAAUUUUAUCUUUUAGAUAUUGCCUUGUUUGGUUAUUUUUUCUAAAUGUUUAAAGGUGCCAUGUGCCAUUAUAAUAAAAAAAAAAACGCGAUUUAUUGUGAAACGCACGCCCCUAACUCUCAGUUAACUCUUUAUAAUCCUUGAUACGAGUUGUUCUGUUGUGCAUUACUUGUGUACAUGCGACAUUAAUAAAGUUGAACUAGUUUAGUAGCCUUUUGGACGCCAAUGACUGAUAUAUACGCACCGCAGGUCCAACGUCCAACGCCAACGACCGAUUAAUCGGUCACAGACCACAGAGCAACAUAGACUUACGUGCCUACUAUAUGCAUAAAGUUCAAAUUCAGUUUGGACACUUCGGUGACGUGGCGUCCGAGUGACAGCUUUUGUGUUUGACACGGCGUCGAAAAGGUUAAAAAAGUGCCAAAAUGCAAACAUUCAUUUUAUAAGCACUUCAAUAUCACCUACCGACACCUAUUCGGGCAUGACACACGGCAUGGCAAAAAUUUAAUAUUUAAGUUUUGGCACUUUCUUUUAUAAAAUGGUUCAAGUCUGCCACCUCCCCCCCCCCCGGGCUAGUCUCCCGGAUUCCUCAUAUAGUUCCAAUGUUUUAAGUUCGGAUUGUAGAAGAAACACUUACUUAACAGGUAACAUUAAAGACACAACUAUAACUACUAAAUUGAAUAUUCAAUUAAUAUGUACUUUGUACUUAUUAUUAAGUAUUUUGUAGGUACUUAAUACAUACUUAAAAGGUUAACCGUAUCCCACUUACUACAUGAAUUCUCAGUUCUAUAGAUCUAAAUGGACCCAUCACUUCUAAGCUUUGGACUGUGAUAGUAGACAAGAGAGUAUUUUAUACUAAUGAUAAAUGUAUAUUUUUUGGAAAGUCGGUGUUUGUUUUCAAGUGAUAUCGGAAGUAUUGGCUCUCUGUCUCACUAAAAACUUACCUAUUUAAUGUGCGCUUUGUAAAGUGUAAACCUUGUUUCUACGAAUAAAGUUAUAUUAAAAAGGUA